UCAUCAUUUCUCCUUUUUGCUUCAGUGUAAAUCUGUUGUUGAAUAUAAUUCUGUCAGCUGCCCACAAAAAUGGAGAAAGCACACGCCAAGUCUGCACUAAAGUUUGUGAAGGCUGGUUCACAGUCUGCUGUUACAUGGAGCUCUACUGCUUCAAAAUUGGCGAAGGAUAAUGAACUAAACAAAAGCAAGGUUUCACCAAAGGUGGCCUCGGCAAAGGACAACACAAAGCCGCUAGAGUUCACACUCCACACUCAACAAAGAGCUGUGAAACGAGCCAUGUUCAACUAUUCUGUUGCCACCAAGUUAUAUCUGAUGGAGAUACACAAGAAACGAGUGGAGAAGCUGCAGAAGAUGUUGGAAGAGGAAGAGGUUCGUUUGAUGAGAAAGGAGAUGGUUCCCAGAGCCCAGUUGAUGCCUCUUUUUGACAGACCUUUUUUCCCACAAAGAUCGAGCCGGCCAUUGACAGUUCCAAGAGAGCCGAGUAUGGGAAUGGUGAAUGGGAAGAGCUGCAACAUCAGCGGGAAUCAUGAACUACAAUUUUGGAAGCUCUCAUGCUAAUUGGAAGCCCAUUAAAUAAGCCCUGAGAAUAAUUCAACCUAUAACUCUUCUGAUGCUUGUUUGAUUAGUCAUAGUGCCCUAGUUCUUAAAGACUUUUUUAUUUUUUGUUUCUUGUUCUUUUUGCAGUUUUAUUAUCAAAAUCUCAUGUAGAUAUAGCUAUCUUGUAUUAGUAAAAUAAAGGGACUGUGAAGAUUACGUUUUGAGUUGAUUUGAUUUGUAUAAAUCCUUUGUUUUAAUAUUAAUGGAGAAAUUGAUAUUACCUUCA